GUGAGCCGACUUGGACUUGAAUGAGGCUCGAGCUCAGAGCCCGUCACACAGACGGACACGGAGUGGCACGGGCUGUCUGUUCGCGAGCACCGGGGAUCCUGGAGCGCGGAGCGCGAGAACCGGCUCGGGCCGGGUCGGGGGGGGACCAAGGCAACUGAGACCGGCGAGAGACCCCCAAGUACCACCCGCACGAACGAACGAAGGAAGAAAGAAAGAAAGAAGAAAGAAGAAAGCAGCGUUGUGCUUAUUUAUUUUUUACCAACACUGCGGACUCGGCAGGGGAAAGAGCUGGGAAUCUGGGUCGAUCCUUCGAGCCUUUUUCUCCUUUUAUAGUCCCUCAUUUAAAUGUUCAACUUAAUGGGUCUGAAAAACGGCACUGCGGCCAUCCAGACCAAUGUAUCCUGUACAUGCAACUGCAAACGGUCGACUUCAUUCCAAAGUAUGGAGAUCAGCCAGCUGGAGUUUGUGCAGAUCCUGGUGAUUGUGGUGGUGAUGAUGGUCAUGGUGGUGGUGAUCACCUGCCUGCUUAACCACUACAGACUGUCAGCCCGCUCCUUCAUCUCCAGACACAGCCAGGCCCGGAGGCGUCACCUCCCGCUCCCCUCCGAUGGGACUCUGUGGCCUUCAGAUGGACCUGGACCCUCCAGUGGAGUGAGUGAGCAGCAAGUGUACACACCACGGCCCCCGGACAGAGUGCCCUCCUACCUGCAGAGAGAGCGUCUGGCCCGCUUCCAGCCCACCUACCCUUACCUGUCCCACGCCAUCAUCGACCUGCCCCCAACCAUCUCGCUGUCCGACGGUGAGGAGCCCCCACCCUACCAGGGGCCCUGCACCCUGCAGCUUAGGGACCCCGAGCAGCAGCUUGAGCUGAACCGAGAGUCGGUGCGAGCGCCGCCGAACCGUACCGUAUUUGACAGCCACCUGGUCGACACAUCCCUUUGCCCACCCAGCCUCAACUCUGGGGUGAGCGCCACCAGUGCUGCCUCCUACUCCAGCCAGGCGCGAGUGGAGGGGGCCCCGCCGGCCUACAGCGAGGUCAUCGGCCACUACUGCCACUCGUCGCUCGGCCGGCACCAGACUCCCAGCGCGGCCGGAGUGGGCCGGUCACACUCCCCGGCGCUGAUGCAUGGGGUCCUGCAGCACUCCCCGCUAAGCAGUCUGGAGAGUCGCAACGCCCGCAACAAGGAGAAGCAGCAGCCGCAGCAGGUGUGACGCCCCCCAUCGGCACUUCUGUGCACUUCAGUGGAACUGUCAGGGCAUGGGGGGGGCUGUCACACAAUGCAAUGACUGCACUCCCCCAGUGCUGACCCAGCCCCAAACUUUGUAUAAAUAUUUACUUGUUAUUUGUUGUCUUUGUGCUCACAGCUUCUUUUCUACACUGAUAGAUUUUUUAAGAAAGUUACGUUUUUCACAUAUUUCAUUUUUUGUAUCCCUUGACAUUAGGCUUUACUAUGAGCUCCGUAUUUCUAGUUACUUAUCUCUUCGAUGCCUGUCCUUCAUUUGAAAUGCUCCGGAUGUCUUUAAAAUGAACAGGUCUUCCUUCCUCAAUGCAGAUGCUCCUUUUCAAAGCCCUUGCUUAGCACAGAGCCCACAUACUGGCCUGCGGUCAGGCUCGUUCUCCACCCGCAUGAAGGGGGUCCCAGAUCGAGGGACUCUGCUCUGGACCCCCCCGUCCUCGCUCAGCACAACGGCUGUUGCCCAGCCAAGCCCUAGUCAGCCAUUUGGAAGCCCGUGCGUGCGAGUGUGUCCGCGUGUGUGCGUGUGAACAGUGCUCUCAUGCUCUCAUCCAGUCAUCGGUUUGAGGUCAUGCAGCUGAACUGAGGGGUGUGGGCUUCACCCGCGAUCUUUGGCGCUAUGCGUGCUGUGCUGAGCUGAACUGAACUGUGUUCACCCUACAGUACACAGUGGAGUCAUGUAUGUGGAUGCUCUGGUUUCCGUACAUUUUCAAGAGAUGUUUGCACAAAAGCUUAAAAAGAAAAAAAGACUGUUUAUUUGAAGAAAAUGAGAUCUGCAAUAUGUAUCAUAAGAGGCGAGUGCAAGGGCAGGGGUAUUUUUGUAAAAGAAUGGAUUAUAAAGAGAUGUUUUGUUCCUGUUUUGUCUAUCUCGAAAAAAGUGAAAUGGCAAUUUGUUGGGCUGCCAACUCAAACGUGUUUAACGUUCUUAUACAUAUGAUUAUACUUGUACGUUAUGUCCAUAUCUGUGUGCGUGUGUAUGUCUGUGUAUAUCUAUAUGCACAUACAUGCAUACUACAAUGAAAACUGAAAAAACAAACUUAAAAGCACGAUUUUAGAGUUAUUUAUAUAAAGGUUGAAAAAAAAUUGCACUAUUUUUUGAUAGAAAAACAAGACAAGCUGAGGCUUGUAAAGAGUUUGGGGGGGGAGAAAAAAAAAAAAAAACAGACCUCUGUUAUAAUGCGUGGACUUGUGUGUUUGUGAUCGCGGUUGACGGAACUUUCUGAUGAUGAACUCCAGAUGAAGUUGUCUCUACAGAGAGCCCAGAGUUUAAGAGCAGCGUCCCACAGGAAUGCGGUGGACAGUGGCGCGCAGGUCGGCGGCGGUCACCCCUAGGAGCCCGGCGUGUUGCGUGGGAUGAGGAGCGUAGGGCCGGCCUGUCCGCGGACCCCUGGGGAUCCCUUUGCAGAACAGCUAUUGAUAAUAACCCCCCCCCCCCGACACAAAACCCAGGUUCGCUUGUCAUGUGUCUCAUCAGGUAUAUCAGGCUUGCAUUAACUUCUACCAUUUGCUUAGUGCAUGUGAAGAAAUAAUCGAUGGGCAGAAGCUGAUGAGAACAGUCGCUGUGUUUUACUGAACUGGGAGGGGUGUGAAUCGAGGGUUCCCACCAUGCCUAAGCCUCUUCCAGGUGGACUUCCCUAACCAGGAGGCACCGCCGCCGUCCACUGCGCUCGAACCUAAACUCUGGGCCGCAAACGACAGGCAUCUCUUAGCACUUUAAUGAAGGAGGAGAGCGUCACAAUCUCCGUCAGUCAGCCUUGGUCUCGCUUUAUCAUUAUGCAACUGCUCCCUCCGGGGUUAAAAGCUGCAGGGGCCUGGACUACAGUGACAGGAGAGAAGGAGGACCAGGAGGCCCCGCGGGCGAGGAAUCACAAAGAGAUGCAAAGAACUACUCCUUGGCCCGUCUCUCCUCCUGCGCCUCUCUCCUUUCGUCUGUUUACGGUCACCCAAACCCCUUCUAAACAGUAAUACUUGAAUCCAUAGUUUAAAGAAGAGUACUUGCAGAGAAGCGGGCAAAUUUUUAAUCAAGAGUCCUUGGACUCGAGUUUGGAGGGCCUGCGGUGGGAAAACCGAGUGUGGUUUUCUGACCCUGAGGGGAAGCUCGGGUAGGUUUGCUGGUUUGGGCCAGUAUUGCUUCAGGGAAACCAGAGCUGACUGAAUGUACGCGGGUGGGGAGGAUCGUGACGGAGAACAGCGGGACGGGCCUCGCGGCCAGCCUUCGCGCCCGUACGUGUCUCAUGCGAGCGAACCACGUCGCCGAGCAAAUGCAGCCUGCCGCUCAGUAGAACAAACGGAACGAACGCCGUACCCGCUCGUGCACGGUAACCUGGGGAGACCUUGGGUGGCGUAGCGGAGCGGUCGCCGCGCUGGCUGAGAGCCCCACCCGUCACGAGCCCUCCCACCUUGAAACGAACUCUCCCCGUUCCAGAGAUGCCCGCGUCCGCAGCAGGCGUCCCACGCCGGCGUGCCGACGCGACCCUUAGCUUUCUGUCCCCGGGGAACGUACAGUAUUCGUGUGCCUGACAGACUGGGACCUCUGUGGGCCGUCGCUCUGCCUGACAGCCCCGAGCGAAAGACGCGUGACGUGUGGAAGGCGGAGGUUUUGCGGAGAGCGUUGCAAUAUACCUACUAUUUGCCUUUUUGAUAAUGUUGUUGUUUGUUUAAAAUAGCUGUGUAUAAGUUUUUUGUUUAUCAUUCAAAGGUCAUUAUUUGUGCAAAUCCCACACACACACACACACACACACACACACACGGUUUGCUGUACAAAUUUCAAAGCAAAUAUAUAACAAAUGGGAGUUUUUGUCUUUUUUUUUUUUUUUUUUUUUUUUUUUUUUUUUUU